AUGGAUGAAGAAAUUGUAACAAUUGAAAAAAAUGAUACAUGGGUACUAGAAGAUCUACCUGAAGGCAAAGAUGUUAUUGGACUUAAAUGGAUCUACAAACCCAAGUACAAAGAAAAUGGAACAAUUAUAAAGUACACAGCACGGCUAGUCGCCAAAGGCUAUUCGCAACAGCCAAGAAUCAUGGAGCUCUUCUUGAGUAUUCAUGUAGGGCUGCGAGUAGGAGAAAUGGAAUGUGAUUGUUUGAUUGCGUAUGGCGCUAGUUUGUUGAUAUUUGGGUGUUUGAUGAUAUCUAGCGAUCCUUUUGAAGUUCAGGGCCGUAGAGCUUGUGGUUUGUUGGGUUAUUACAGCAAUAUGCUGAAAACUGGAAUCUUUUAUAGAUCAAUGGAUGACAUUUCUCUGUUCAAUGAUUGCUCACAGGAACGCCAAUUGAUUAGCAUUGUCCUUCGAUUACAACUAGCAGAGGGUAUUGCAGAAGCUUAUGUGCCUAAACUGCAUCAUGGUUUGAGGGCAAUCACUUCUGGGAAUAAUAAAGAUCAAAGUAUUAUUAAUACCUUAAGGCAGAGUGCCAGAGAAGAAGAAGUCUUUGAAAAAGUUGCAAAUAUAGCUACCAAUGAGGUUCCAAUAUUUUUGAAAAAACACAACAGGAAGGCCAUCGAUGCAUGGAGCCUUCCAAGGACCAAUAUUAAAGAGAGCACUCUUGAUUUCCUCGUCUUUAAUAUUGUGAUUGAGAGCUCCUAA